UCCCCAGAUCUCGCUCCCAGAGACCCCCAGCCCCUCCAGUCCCUUCCCCAGAUCCCUCCCCCAUACACGCCAGCCCCUCCCUCUCCAGCCCCUUCCCCAGACCCCGCCCCUCCUAUUCCCUCCCCUCCCAUUUCCUCCCCCCUGCUGAGCCUGGAAUUUCCCCCCAUCCACCCUGCCCCCCCCCCGUGGCCGAGCGAGCAGCACCCGCACUUUAGGGGGCUCCAGCAGCGCCCCCCGACCCCGCCCGGGGGCCCAGGUUCCUGCACUAUGGGCCCGACCCAGCGCUGCCUCUUCUGUCUCAAGCUGGAGCUUUUCAUCUUCAACUUGAUCUUCUGGCUGGGGGGCUGUGGGGCCCUGGGCGUGGGGCUCUGGCUUGCUCUCUCGCAGGGCCGGUUCUCCACCCUGUCGCUCUCGCUCCCGUCCCUGGGGGUCGCCGGGCUGGUGAUGGCCGCGGGGGCUGUGGUGAUGGCCCUGGGCUUCCUCGGCUGUCUGGGGGCCGCCACCGAGCAGCGCUGCCUCCUGCUGACGUUCUUUGUGGUUCUCCUCACCAUCGUCCUGCUGGAGCUGAGCGGGGGCCUGGCCUUCUACGCCUGCCGGGGGCAGUUUGACAGAUACGCUCAGGACGACCUGAAGUUGGGGCUGCGGCGAUACGGGGCCCCAGGGGAGCCGGGGCUGACCCAGGCCUGGGACACGGUGCAGACUGAGUUCCGGUGCUGCGGGGUGCAGAAUUACACCGACUGGUUUGAGGUGCGCAAUGGGACGGGGGUGCCCCAGUCCUGCUGCCUGGAGCACGGCACCCCCUGCUCCGGCAUCGGCGCCGCCUGGUGGCAGGAGCCCUGCUACGAGAAGGUGAAGUCCUGGGUGGGGGAGAACGUCUGGGCCCUGGGCAUUUUCGCUGCCUGCAUUGCUGUCGUCCAGGUCCUGGGCCUUGUCUCCUCCAUGCUGAUGUACUGCCAAGUGCUGAAGGUGGAGAAAUACUACCACUGACAGGGGGGGCCUGGAGUCUGCCCCCCCCCAGUCCCUUUUACACCUGUUCCCCCUACCAGCCUGGCCUCCCAUCACCAACAGAGCAAGGGGUGAACCCCAGCCCCCUCCCUCCCGCUUACAGAGCCUGGUGGGAGUCACAUCCUACAGCAGGGGCUUGAAGUCCAGGCGGGCGUGAGACCAUUCUCCCCAGCCCACUAAUAUGCCCCUGCGGCUGAGAUGCGGUGGUGGGUAGUUCCACUGGCUUGGGUGGGGGUGGGGGCCACAGAGAGCCCUCUGCCACCCCCAGGCCUGUUUGGUUCCCCCAUGGAGGACAGCCCCCCCCACAUUUCUGCUAUCCUGCCCCAUGCCCAACACAAUAAAUGGUUCUGUGUCUGG